AUGAAGGCCGUAGUCAGUGCAUUGUGUACCGAAAACGGGAUUUCCGCUAUUAGCGGAAAAAUUACCAAGCGUAAGGAUAUCGAGAACGAGGAAAUUCAGAUGUACCUCUCCAAACUCAAGGAUCUCGUUCCGUUCAUGCCCAAAAACAAGAAACUAUCAAAAUUGGAAGUUAUUCAAUACGUUAUUGACUAUAUUUGUGAUUUACAAAGUGCUUUGGAAACGCAUCCUGCCGUCAACGCUUUCGAUGCAGCUGCUGCUCUCGGACAGAAGAAGUCACAAGCAGCAAUCAGCCCCAGGCAGCCUCUAGGAGUCAGGCCUAGCCCCAACACCAUCCUCGCACCAUGCGAAGCUCCUAUUCUUCAAAAUGUCACGAGUUCAGAAGCUUUAACGCCAUCAGAUAGGCAGUUGUCCUGUUAA